UUAUUUCAUUUUUCCAAUGAAUUUUCACUUCCCAAAGGUUUCUGAACACCAUACAAAUACAGAAUCUAUCACAUGUCUCAGAAUUCCAUCUCAUGGGUCUUUCAGAGGAUCCAGAACUCCAGCCCAUCCUCUUCGGACUGUUCCUGACCAUGUACCUGGUCACGGUGCUGGGGAACCUGCUCAUCAUCCUGGCCGUCAGCUCUGACUCCCAACUCCACACCCCCAUGUACUUCUUCCUCUCCAACCUGUCCCUGGCUGACAUCUGUUUAAUUUCCUCCACGGUCCCAAAGAUGAUAGCAGAUAUCCUAACUCACAGCAGGGUCAUCUCAUAUGUGGGCUGCCUCACACAGAUGUCUCUUUUUGUCCUUUUUGGAAGUAUGGAUGGUAUGAUUCUGACAGUGAUGGCCUACGACCGGUACAUGGCCAUCUGUCAUCCCCUACAUUAUGCAGCCGUUAUGAACCCUCAGCUCUGUGCUCUCUUAGUUUUUGUAUCAUUUUUUCUUAGCCUUUUGAACUCGCAGCUGAAUAAUUUAAUUGCCUUACAGUGUAAUUGCUUUAAGGAUGUAAAAAUUGCUAAUUUCUUCUGUGACCCUUCUCAGCUCCUUAACAUUACCUGUUCUGAUAGCUUUACCAAUAAUAUAAUGAUGUAUUUAAUUAGUAUUUUAUUUGGUUUUAUUCCCAUCUCAGAAAUCCUUCUCUCUUACUGUAAAAUCGUUUCCUCUAUUAUGAAAAUCCCAUCAUCAGAUGGGAGAUACAAAGCCUUUUCCACAUGUGGGUCUCACCUGUCCGUGGUUUGCUUAUUUUUUGGAACAGCUGUUGGAGUGUACUUUAGUUCAGCUGUGUCAUCUUCCCUCAGAAAGAGUGCAGUGGCCUCCGUGAUAUACACUGUGGUCACACCCAUGCUGAACCCCUUCAUUUACAGCUUGAGGAACAGUGACAUUAAAAAUGCCCUGCGAAGACUCCACAGUAGAAAAAUCUAA